ACGUCACAACGGAAACAAUAAAAUUACAAGAUACACCUAAAAUUUAUUGUACACAAAUCUAAACGUCACCACGUAAACAAUAAAAUUACAAGAUACACCUACAAUUCAUUGUACACACAUCCAAACAUCACAUCACGUAAACAAUAAAAUCCUACAGAAACAGCACAACCCGUCCAUGCUGCGUACAAAAAGUGCGAAAAAUUCCGUUUCGAUGUUUGAUCCCAAUAAAAAUCAUAAUACAAUAAAGAUCGAAAUUUUAAGUAUAAAUGUAUACUAAAUAAAAAAAAAUCGGGCCAAACCAAGCCCCUCUAAAACUUACUAAAACAAUGCUAUAUAAACAACGUAACAGUUUUCCCAACAAAUGUUAUUUAAAGUUUACCAUGAAGACACACACAACACACAUCACUAAACCUAGCGUACAACACACAUCACUAAACCUAGCACCCUUCGCUAGCUGCAUAAGUCAACCCAUAACAGCCGGAUUAACAAGAGCAGUAGAAGCGCACUAUAAUCAAAAUACAUAAUAAGUUCAUACGUCGGUAAUCUAUAGCUAUAUUUUUUAUUUCAGGCCACAGGAUAGCAGUGGCAGCUAUGGUUGUACGACUCCUCGAGAGCAUUUUUGAGUGAUUGUUUUGUUGGUAACGAUCCAAGCUGGAGUGAGUAGGAAAGUUGGUCAGUGAGUGGGUGGGUGAUUGGGUGCACGCUUUCCACGCCAUAACGUGAUAGUGAUGGCGUUUCAUAAUAAUGUAGCAGUUGUGUGGCUGUAAAUAGAAUGCCGAUUAAUAAUUAUGCAUUGCUUGCCGGGUUUUGUGCAGUCAUGUCAAUGUUUGUGGUUGCUUGAAAAUAUAUAUUUAGAACAAAAGUAAUAAUUUGUUGGUCCCAUCGGAGGGCCGAUCAAUGUCCAUGCGAAUAACGUUCACUUUGCCUCUGGCGUUCUGGGUGUUACAGACUGCCAUUGCGGACUCGACAUGGAGACUUCAGCAAAGCAAACAGAUGGGCAGCCAUCACAGGCAAGUGGAAAUAUUGUCAAGAAAAAGGACGUGUACAUGGAAGACGUCACCAUAGUUCUACCGAUUGUAAAGAAUGGUGUCAGUGGCCUUGGUGAGCUCUGGAAUUGUCAUAGUUCUGAAACAAUUCAUCAAAACUUGUUCAAGAAACAACUCGAAAGUGAACACCUGAUUUCCCACCCACUCAAGAAGCUUGAGUACAGCUUAACACACAUCAAGGGAACCGAAGACCAAAUCAGAAUGUUCAGAGCCCAUGGCUCCAUGGGCCUGGAGCUGCUAUGUGGGCUCAUUAAAGUUGAUGGAUUGGCAGACUAUAGCAAUAAAUCUGUGAGAAGCGUGAAUGAAGAAAAACUAAUCUGUCAGUACAAUUUGGAAAACUUUUCAAUCUCCUUGCUUCCAAUAGCUAAAACGGAAAUCGAUGAUCACGUACAGAGCCAGCUGAUGAAAGGACGCAUCAAAGCAACACACGUGGCAUAUGGGGUGAUCUUGGGUGCGGAAGUGAACGCGCACGUACUGGUCACGCGGAAUGAGACGAAAGCGAGCGAUAGCAUCAGCAUCAGCGGCAGUGCGGUUGGGAAACUCGGUUUUGGCAAAGUAACGCCCUCUCUGAAAGCUCAGCUCGAGUGGUUGGACACGAGCGAGGCAAAUGGCUACCGCACGCAGAUCGACAUUCACUCCAAGCCGCCAAUGAAGCGGCAACCGUCCACGGUCAAGGAGAUGUUUGAGUUGGUGGAAAAUAUCGACGUGUCUGUUGCCAAUGAGCAGCAUUACAAGUUCAGUGGCGCGAACAUCAUGGGAGUGCCGAUUCGCUGGGUUCUUGUACCCAUUGCGCAGUACCUGGACAUUGACGUGGAGAAGCUCUACUUGCAGAUCAGCGAGACUUUACUCUGCGACUUCAGAGCCAUGCUCAUCUCCCUGCAGGAUUCUCGUCAGCCCGAAUGCAUUAAGAGACGAGUGCUUGAGAAAGAGCAUCGUCUGCAGCGCGUCCUCUCGGACUCCAGCUCCCCACUCUCUCGAGACAUUUCACAAUACGAGAAGAUACUAAACAAAAAUGUCGAAUCAUUAUUUAUUUGUGCCUGUAAGGCUUUGAGAAACUAUAAGCAGGCAGUAAUCACAUCCAGUGAGCUUCACACGAUCACAGAAGAAUAUGAAAUGUCUCACUUCAGCGCAGUUGACAUAUCCGCAAAGGUGGACAAAUUCGUGAUGGAUGGAAAACACGAACUUGACGCAAUCCAUGAGAAAGAUGCAACUCAAAUGGAGGCUGAAAUCUGCAUCUUUACCAACCGUGCAUUGUUGAACGAAUGGAUGAACACAGAGGCAAACAUUAAAAUAUUGUUGCAGACAAAGGGUGAUCCUUCCAGUGGAGUGUUCCAUCGCCUCUUUAAAAUCAGUCAUGCACUGAAAGAGCAAAACAUUGAUGUGGGAAUUGCACUGCCUUCCAUCUCUGACAACUUCUCUCUUACAAUUAAGGCUAGAGAACACCAAAAGUGUUAUCAGGCGGCUGAUAUUCCACUCAUCCUUCGGAUUAUCAGUGCCGCCGUGAACACAGACUCGUCAGCGGAGAAUCAGUUUUACACGAUCAUGGCUUCACACUUCAACAUCACUUUGCCGCUUCAGCCGAACGAACUUAAAGACCUUAAUCGCCUGGUAGAAUUAUUGAGAAUAGGAGAUGUACAUAUUGCCUCCUCCUACAUGGAAUCUUUAGAGUGCCUCUGGAGUUGUGACUCUCAAUGGAUGUUUUUUGUACCAAUCGAUGCAUUGGAUACUGCGUAUGAAUCAAUAGUCGGCCUUCGCGACAACUUGAAACGACUCGCCUGUGCCAAUGGAAAGUGGGUGGUGGGUAGGCUGGACAUUGCCAAUCAGCACGAAGCGCCCUUAUUGUUUGUCCUUCGUGACAAGAAAGUGAAAGCCAUAUGUCUAGACCAUCUGGACAUUAUGAUUCUUGUUGAUCUCUUCAACAAAGCGGCAACCUCUGAACACAAUGAGCCCGAUUUGUCCGACCUGUCACCAGAGUCCUUGAAGUGUUCUAUCUAUCACAACAGAGCCACUUACGCAGUGAAGACCAUGGAACUCAUGCAUCAAGCAAAUAAUUCUGAGGACAAUUAUAGUAACAUAAGGAUGCAGUCGUUUGAGGACAAUGUCGAUGAGAAGUUUACCGAUGCGCUGCACAUUGUACGCAGUUGUCUUUCCCGAGUAGACAUGGAUGUAAUUGCAAUGGUUACACAUUUUGCCAUAAGGGAUAAUCCAAAAAUUAGCAGUAUUCUCGAGAAAAACGGAUGGAGAAACGUGGAUUGCAGUUUUGGCAAGGACCGUCUAGAGCUGCAAGAUUGUGAGUUGAUCAGUACUGGGCUGCAAGAGUGGUUAAGUUCACGUGAUAAGUUCUUAACCAAGGUUAAGUCAGCCAAAGUAAUUAUACAGAAAUUUCAGUUGACAUCUGGUUCCUGCACUGAUGAUAGUGUAAUGAGGGUUAACAAUGCUAUGCAAUUAGUUACAGAUGACCCAGAAUGCCCAGAAUAUAUUGUUCAUGAAAUUCAAAGUUUGCAGGAGAGUUAUUGCCAUGAUAAAUAUAAAGUUUUUCUAGCAACAGCAGAUGACUAUGUGGUCAGUUCUGAAAACCAAGACGGAAUGACUCAUGUAAAAGCACUGAUAUCCAUUUCGAAACGGAUGUAUCAAAAUGACUCAUAUUUAUUUAAUGCCUAUGAUGCCAUAAAUAUAUAUGUUGGUCGAAUUGAUUUUAGUAACUCUCAAUAUUCCAGCUCGAACAGAUCCAUUGCUCAAUGCAUAGAGAAACGUCAGCUUCACGCACUGAUUCAACAUCUAUCCAAAUUACAGUAUAAUCGUCACCUGGUCAUGCUGCAGCUUGCUUUUGACAAACUCAAAGAGCUAAAUGAGCCCAAGGCAGUUGUCGGAGUGCUGAACCUGCUGUCAAACCUUGGGCUGCAAGAAAAUCAAUGGGAAGAUCUCUGGACCAAUUCUUCGUUCAAGUACCUCAUUAGACGUGUAAUUGAGGACUAUGAUACACAACAUAAGAACAAAGCCACCCUAUCUCGACUCGACUGCAUCGUUGCUCUGCUCAGCGUUGCUGAUUGCACAGUCGUUCAAGAGAUGCUGCAGAUAAUGACCAAGUUCCCAAUGGCGCUCCCGCUGGUGAUGCCAGAUCUGGAACUUGCAGGCAAGUUGAAGGUGAUGCUUCCCCUGCUUGCCGGCAACACGAUUAAGUGGGAGGCCCAAUCUGGCGUCAUUGCCGAGAACCACCUGUUCCUCAGCCCUUUCAGACUCAUCCUGGCCGUUAGACUUGGCAACGGUUCUUGUGGAAAGAGCACAAUCCUCAACCAGCUCAUGGCCGUGGAGAAUAUGUUCUCGUCGUGUGGGGAACCAGGAGCCCAGCAAGGGCCACCUCUGACCCUGGCCGGGACGGUGGAGUUCACGUGGCUCACACAGGAGACGUGCAGCGCCAGCCUGUGGGACUCUGUCAUGCAGGAGUUUUACUCGCAGGGGCAGCAGGAGAUCGUGCUCCUUGCGAACCUCCAUGGCGAUGCCCUCGAGCACCCAACAACUCUCGAGUUCCUGAAGACGUUCACCUCAGCAUACCUGAUUUUCCUGAUGCCAGGAACAAAGAACGUCUUGGCAAAGAGAAAUGAGGAAUUUGGCAAACAUGCAUGUUCUGAAGAUGAAUCCUUCUUCCUGCUUGUCGAUCCUUCAGCGGACUGCAACGAAGCAGACGACAUCAUCAUUCAGACAUCAACACUGACAAAGGACGCCACUCUGGAGAAGUCGUCUGGGAAAUCCACGCUCCUGAACGCCCUCUUCGCUUGCAAAUUCGCCGUCUCCGUUGGCCGCUGCACCCGCGGUCUCUUCAUGAGGCUGCUCUUCUUGGAGGAGAAGCUCGUGAAGAAGCUCAAAUGCGACGCGAUCGUGCUCAUCGACACUGAGGGACUUGGGGCACCGGAGAAAAUGAAAGACGAAAACGCGGAACAAAAGGACCGCAUUCUCGCAACGUUUGCGAUGAGCGUGAGCAACCUCACGCUCAUCAACGUCCUCGGGGAGUACAUGCAGGAUUUGACUAAAAUCCUGCAGAUCGCGAUUGUCGCGAUGGCUCAGCUCAAAGAGGUGAAGAUGGCGCCGGACAUUCUCAUGGUGCAGCAUCUCACGGAGAGGAACUCGGCCAUGAUGUCAUCGGCACAAAACCAGUUCUGUCAAGCGAUUGAAAAGGCACUGGAGCUUACGGAGAAGAAGGAUUUUGACAUGGGCAUUGGCGAUGUCAGCUGCUUGAAGAACCUGACUGACCGAAUCCAGAAUGGGAAGCUUCUGAAACAAUUCCGCCCGUUCAAGAACGGGGCUAGUGCUGGUUCUCCCCCAUCGGAGCAGUACCACGAGGACGUGCUGGAUCUCGUCCUGGAAGUGCUCAACGACACCGAGGCAAAGGGAGACCCCGAGAGCGUGAACUUUGUGGCGCCGUCAACAGACGAGAGGUGCAGCUAA